CGUGUGUAUUUACGUCGGAGUUUAAAACAUACUAGCUCUGCUGUAGUUCAAGGUAAACUGCCUCAGCUUCUCACUGUCUGGAGCACUAAACCAGUCCAUCGAUGCGAAGCAACAAACCCCCUUCACCACUGAAGACUAAAAGACAGCAAGAAGAGAUUCUUCUAGAAAAAGUGCUUAAGUGACAUUUGGGUAUCUCAUUAGCAGAACAGAAAUGAAUAACUCAACGUACAUAAAUUCUUCCACUGAAAAUGUGAUGGCUUUGGAGAGCCCCUAUAAAACUGUUGAGGUGGUCUUCAUCGUCCUGGUAGCAGGGUCUCUCAGCCUAGUCACCAUAAUUGGGAACAUCCUGGUCAUGGUGUCAAUCAAAGUCAACAGGCACCUACAGACUGUCAACAACUACUUCCUGUUCAGCUUGGCCUGCGCGGACUUGAUCAUUGGCAUCUUCUCAAUGAAUCUAUACACCCUCUACACUGUGAUAGGCUACUGGCCCUUAGGGCCCGUGGUGUGCGACCUCUGGCUGGCUCUUGACUAUGUGGUCAGCAACGCCUCUGUAAUGAACCUCCUCAUUAUCAGCUUUGACAGAUACUUUUGUGUCACCAAGCCUCUAACAUAUCCUGUCAAGAGGACCACUAAGAUGGCAGGCAUGAUGAUCGCAGCUGCGUGGGUGUUGUCCUUCAUCCUGUGGGCCCCUGCAAUUCUCUUCUGGCAGUUCAUUGUGGGAGGAAGGACUGUCCCAGAUGGGGAUUGUUACAUCCAGUUUUUUUCCAAUGCUGCUGUCACUUUUGGCACUGCCAUUGCAGCCUUCUAUCUGCCUGUUAUCAUCAUGACUGUCCUUUACUGGCAAAUCUCUCGAGCCAGUAAGAGUCGGAUAAAGAAAGGGAAAAAGGAAGCUGCCCAAAACCAGGAUGCGGUUUCCCCCAGUCUUUUCCAAGGUAAAAUAGUGAAACCAAACAAUAACAACAUCCCAAGCGGUAGGGAUGGGUUAGAGCACAGCAAAAUUCAGAAUGGAAAAACCACUGAAGAAACUGUGACGGAGAAUUGUGUUCAAGGGGAGGAGAAGGAGAGCUCCAACGAUUCCACCUCUGUCAGUGUGGUUGCUUCCAACAUGAAAGAGGAUGAAGCUGCCAAAGAUGCCAGCCAAGCUUCUGCCUCCCAAGACCAUCUCAAAGCGGAGAACUCCAAGUUGACAUGCAUCAGGAUAGCUACCAAGUCCCAAAAGGGUGACUACUGUGCCCCCACCAACACUACUGUGGAGAUUGUAAGCACCAAUGGGGAGGAGAAGCAGAAUAGUGUAGCCCGGAAAAUUGUCAAGAUGACAAAGCAGCCAGCCAAAAAGAAACCACCUCCUUCUAGAGAGAAAAAAGUGACAAGGACUAUUUUGGCCAUCCUGUUGGCCUUCAUCAUCACCUGGACCCCAUACAACGUGAUGGUGCUCAUCAACAGCUUCUGUGCAUCCUGCAUCCCUGGCACUGUAUGGACAAUAGGUUAUUGGCUCUGUUAUAUCAACAGCACCAUCAACCCUGCUUGUUAUGCACUCUGCAAUGCUACUUUCAAGAAGACCUUUAAGCACCUUCUUAUGUGUAAUUACAAGAAUAUAGGAGCUACAAGGUAAAAAUCAUAAUAAAAAUAAUAAUGGGAAGGGUGAAGAAGUUCCAAAUUUAAUGAAAAAUAAUAAUGCCAUAGCACUUUAUGCUCUUCUAUGGAAUGUGCAAUCCAGGAUGCUAGUGGAAAUUCUGAAAUGGAGCAUCAGCUCCACCCCUCAGAACUACACUUAAAAACAUUUUUUAGUUAUUGAAAAUAAAUCUUGAAGACAUGGGGGUGUUUGAAGAAUUAUUCAAGUAUGUGGACUGGAGGCACAAUUCCUUGCUUUCAGAGAGUAUUCUGCAGAAGGGCUUUAGAGUCUAUGAUUUUUCAUUGUUCAGUGUAAAAUACUUGUGGGGUUUUUUUGCUUUUCUUUUUUUUUUUGCUUUUUUUUUCUCCCUGUGUCUGUUUAGUAUAUCUUCAUCUAGGAAAUAAAAAAAAAAAAAAAAAGGGAAUUUUGACAGCAACUGUGUGAAAGAUACUUAGGAGUUUCCAAGAUCAUUACAUAAUCCAAAUGAAUCAUGGUAGAAGGUUUCUAAAACUCCAAGUUGUCUAGAGUUUUUUUGUCACUGUCAUGUAAGAACAUUAAUGUUAGGAAAAUAAUGAUGAAAGUUAUUCUAUGUUGUUUGUGUCACAUUACCAUUUCUAAAACUGUAUGAGUUCUGAAAGUGUACUUAUGCUCAACAUUUAAUCAUUGCCUAACCUGUGUAUCAUUUAAAGUCUGCCACUUGCCCCCUAGGGGCUUUUUUUCCAUGAUGCCUUCAUCAUGUCAAGGUAAAAAAAUAGAUGGUCUCUUCCGGAUUAUUACA